AGGUCAUAAGCCAUCUCUGACUCACUCAACUUCUCAUCCAUCGCUUUUCACUCUUACUCAAUCAUCCCCUGUUCUGCUCUUGGCUUCUUAUUUCUCCUCCUGCCUCUGUUCAAUAUCCUGAUCUUCUCUUCAAACCUCUAGCAAAGGCUCUAGCUCGUCACAUCUUACAGGCUUUGAGUCUCCUGCUCGUUCUGCAUCAUGAGUCUCGGUGUCCAGAAGUCGGAUGGAAAGUCGAGCGGCUCUAUAGAUGGGAGUAUUAUUGACAGUUUUGGAAUGAAUGCUGAAUCACAAGGGCCGCCACCUCUGAAGAAUUACAUUUUUCUGACUAUCUUCACCUGCUUUUGCCCCGCGUGGCCUAUCAACAUUGUGGCGUUGGUUUUUUCUCUCAUGUCUCAAAGCAGUUAUGAUGCAGAAGACUAUGAAGGAGCUCAGCGACUGGGAAGAAAGGCUCUUCACAUGGGAAUCGCCUCUCUCGUCAUUGGCCUGCUGAUCAUUAUGGUCUUCAGUAUUGUACACUUUACCACGAAUACAAUCUGAUCUCGAGCGGAUGGGUGUAACAGGGCGACUACAUUGUAAAUUGGUGGAGAUCAGUUCCAGUGCUCACAUGAGGACACUGAGCUAAACCCAGAAUGUGGUUUCAUAGUGGUGGCACCACAUGCUUGAACCAUCCUGGAUUUAUACGUAUUCAAUAUUUUGAAAUGGAAUGUAUAACAAGGUCUGAUUUGCUAACAGCAUGGCCAAAGAGACUAUCAUACAGAAACACUAUAAGUGUCAUACUAUUCAUCCCAGUUUAUACCGAUAUCCCCAAGAUAUUCCAGGGUGAUGUCAUGUCUUUCUGUGGGCAGCACUAUCGCAACAAUCUGCAUCUUUGUUGUGUAUGAUGACACCUCAAAUGUUGUAAAUGUGUAUAGAGGUGUGAAUCAUGUUUGUCUUGAAACAUACUAAAAUGAUGCUUUCAUACCAACAUCUAACUGAUGCUUUUACAGAAAAUAAAUAAAAAACAUCCAGUGGAAUGUUGCAUGAGUGGAAAAUAAAAUGUAGCGUGAUUGUGUUUUUUAAAGAAUGUAUGAAAUGACUCAAUAAAUACUCA